AUGGAGAUGAGAGAGAAGCUGCAUUCUCCUCGCCAACGUAGCCGAGAGGACCUCCGCCCCCUACCUUACAUGUAUAGCAUUAAAAUAAACACAUGCGCAUGCGGCAAUAGUCAGGUCAGGUCAGACCAGGCCAGGCCACGCUACGCUCAGCCCUCCCUCCCUCCCUCCCUCCAUGCCUCCCUGUCUCUCUGCCUCGCCUCCUCCCUCCUCCGUCUCCCUCUCCGUCGCCCUCUCCGUCUCCCUCUGCGACUGGGACUGCCUCCCCGCCAGUCCGUCGCUACACCCAUGGAAGUCCGGCGGAGCCAUGAAGCGAGUCGACGGCUGCACAAGCAAAGGUCAAACCACGGCAUGCGUGCUGCCAGCCACGGCCAGCCAUUCGCCAUCAUGUCCAGCGCGGGCGGCAAUCCAAACCCGAUCGCAUUGAGAGCCAGCGUCACGCCCAGCGGCGUCUUCGGCGAUGGCUCCAAGGCUCGCAAGGGCUCUAUACGCAGUGCUGUGCGCAAGAUCUUUGGGCGUCGUUCGCGAGACUCCAUGGGCCCCAUCAUGUCUGCGGACGCGGAAACAUAUGCUUUCGUGCCGGGCCCGCGACAUGCAUACCACAAGAGCGAGCCGCCGCCGCCGCUGUCACCGCCGCGCGAGCUGUCUGAGCCGUCACACGUCGCCGACGACAACAACGACAAUGAGCACGACAAAGACAACGAUGAACUGGGCGUCCGGAUCCCCUCCACGUCCUACUACCCGCCGGAGCGACCAAGCUUCAGCCGAACGACUUCCCCCUAUGCACUGCAGUUCCCAAACAGCGUGCGACUCAAGCCCAUGGAUCUGAGCAACCACUUCGCCUCUCCUCCCACUGUGCUCAAACGCCGCAAAACCCUUCCGAGCUUGCUGCAAGAACAAGGUGGUACGACUGCGGAUGGCCAGCCUUCGGAGCCCAUCACACAUACAGAACCGGUGCCAAGUCUGGGGAAAGCGGGCGAAGAGGGCGCCUCCAAGAGCAGGGCAGACAAAGUCAGAAAGGAUAGACGGAAAUCGAGAAGUGUAGACGACUUGCAAGCUUCCACGACCAGGGAACAGAGUGUUCCCAGAAAGCGAAGUGAAGAGAUUCGAUUUUGGAGAGACGGACAGUCCCGAUCGAGAGAUCGAGCUGCUGCCAUAGGGCGCCCGGAUGUGUCGAGAGAAGGCGAGAGACCGACGACUGUGUACGAGCAAGAGACCCACCCCGGAGCAUCAGCACUGCUUUCUGCACCGCACGACGUUCCCUCGAAGCCUGCUACUCUGAAGAGCAGUCCUCCUCAUCCUCGUGGCGCCGGGACUUCUUUCAACGACGACUUCCUACGGCCCUCGUCGGGUGUGGGCACCGACAUGUCGAGAGAUCUGGAAGAUCGCGUUGCAAAACUGGAAGCGGGUCUUCACAGCUUCCAGCAGUCAUUACAGAAGCUCACGGCGGAUCGAAAUCGUAGGACCAUAGUGAUGGGUGGCGGUAUCGCCACCAGGAGCAAUUCUGGCGAGGAGCGGAGGCCAAGCUUGUUGGCCGAUACGCUUGCCGAUGCACUGGAGCCAUCGAGCUACGAAUAUGAGUAUGGACAUACGAUACGUCCCUCUGCCUCGCCCCAACCACCACUCCCCGCAGCGAUACAGGGUCGUAUCGAGGAUCCCUUUGGACCGGACCUCCCAAUACCAGCCUCAUCUGCAACUCGCGCCGGACCACGGAAUAGCCACGCCCUCACUUCAUCACGAUCAGCGGACCUAAGAUUAGAGCCCGAGAGACCGCCUACUCCUCACACUACCUCGGCCACCAUGGCCGCAGUCACGCCGGGUACCAAUGGGUCCAAUGGUGCCGCACAACCUCAGCAAUACACCUUUCGUUCAUUGUACGAAAUGCUCGCAGACGAGCGCUCAGCACGAAGGAAGCUCGAAAACCAGCUCAAAACACUGCGACAAGAAAUCACGGAUUUGCACACGCAGGUCAACAGUUCGAGCUCGAACAUUCAAAGCAUGAGAAGCAGUUAUAUGCUCGCGGGCACAUCGAGUCGGCUCCAAGAUCUCCUACGCGAAACAGGAGAGGCGAGCCCGCCCGAUGCUUCGCCGCGAUCCCUCAAGCGAAACUCGGGUCAAUCGACAGGGUACGCACACGCAAUCAGUCGUUUCAGCGGGUCCGACAGUGAGGCCAUGACACAGGACUUUUCUCAGGAGUAUGAGGAUCUCGGCACUCCUUAUACAGCCUACAGAACCCCGCGUGAGGAGCGUAGUAAAUGGAGUUUGAAGUUGGACGUUGAUAACAAAGACGCUGACGUAUUCUGAACACCACCACCACCACCACCACCACCACCGCCAAGACCUAUUUACUAGAUGUACUUACUACAUACCUACGAAUAAUCGUAGGUGACGUGACGCAUGAUUUCUUUGCAUGAGAGAAGGGGGUGGCCAUGGUUUACGGGAUUCUCUUCUUUUUUAUUUUCUCAAGGCGUAUCUUCAAUAUACCCCCAAGGUUUCCCUUGUGUAUCUAUUUACUUUUUUUUUCCUUUGCAUGUACUUUAGUUUCCAUCACCGCGGUGGUGACCAUGCUCGAGCUCCACCGAGACUCGGCCUCACAUGUCACGCUCGUAUCGAAC